CCCCAUGGAAAGUGAGAGAAGAGAAAUCAGCGAGGCUGCUUCCGGGAUAAGAGGCGCGUAAGAUAAGAGAGCUGGUUUGGUUGAAGCGCCUUUAAUCAACCGGAAGAAGAAGACGUCCACGCGCCCUCGCACGGAACCGAGGACGUCGAGUCACACAUAGUGCAAGAUGUCUUACUCAUCCCGAAGUUCCUCUCGCGCCUCUGACUGUAAGGUCUAUGUUGGUGACCUUGGCAACGGUGCAGCCAAAGGUGAACUUGAACGAGCCUUCAGUUACUACGGACCACUGAGGAGUGUAUGGGUCGCCCGAAACCCACCAGGUUUCGCCUUCGUAGAGUAUGAGGAUGCCAGAGAUGCAGAGGAUGCCGUAAAGGGGAUGGACGGAAAGGUGCUUUGUGGAGCCCGCGUCAGAGUUGAGCUGUCAACUGGUAUGUCCAGAAAGUCCAGAUUUGGGCGUCCCAACCGCAGGCAAUUUGACCCAAAUGACCGAUGCUACCAGUGUGGAGAGAGCGGCCAUUAUGCCUACGACUGCUAUCGCUUCAAUAAGAGGCGUGGCCGACGCAGCAGGUCAGCAUCUCGCUCUCGGUCCAGAUCUCGUGGCCGGCGCUACCGCUCUCGUAGCCGUAGCAAUGAAAAGAGGUACCGUUCACCUUCAUACUCAAAACGCAGAAGCAGGUCUGCCUCUCCAGCCCGCUCCAGAACCCCUGUGCGGCGCUCUCGUUCCCCUGUCCGCAGGUCAAAAAGCCCUGUCCGAAGAUCCAGGUCCCGAACACCUGUCCGUAGAGACAGUCGCUCCCGUUCACGCUCUGGUUCCAGACAAAGGAAACGUAGUGUAUCCAGAUCUCGGUCUCGUUCAGUCAGUCAUAAGAAAGAAAGUCAUUCCAGGUCUGCCAGCCCAAGGAGAAGUCCAACCCCAGAUGCUGACUGAUCUGAAUACUGGUGUUUCACCUCCAUUCCCCACCUUUGCCUCAGGGCUGUUAUGUAUUUUAUUUCCUCCAUGAUUUCAAUCCUUGUUUUACUGUAGCUACAAAGCUCUUUUUUUUUUUUUGUUGACAAAGCUCCUCACACCUUGUAAAAGCAUCACUAUCAUCUCAUGAAAGCUUGUGUGUCAUUUUCUUCAUGUAUCCCUCUUGUCACUUUUUUUUUUUUUAUAAAGGAUUUUAAGCUCCAUUGUUUUAUUUCAGUGUUGAGCCAAUGUCCUGUGGUCAGUGGAUUGUAGGUAAGGUGGUGAAUGAGCUGUGUUGUGAUUAGCCAGUGUAUUGUAUGAGAUGAAGAGUAUAUGCUGUGAUUUUUGUUUGUUGUAGAAUGUUUUUUUUUUUGUUGUUGUUUUCCUUUUACAUUGAAAAUGGCAAUGAUCUUUUUAAUAAAGUAAAGCUUUACAAACUCAA